GUGUCUUUAAAAGAGGGUUAUCUGGAUUCAGGAGGGUUACAGCACCUCUGAAACUGCAGCCUCUUUCUCACCUGAAAGAAUAAUCCUAGCAAGCUCGCAGAAUGUGUGACGCGUUUGUAGGUACCUGGAAACUCGCCUCCAGUGAAAACUUCGAUGAUUACAUGAAAGAAGUGGGAGUGGGCUUUGCCACCAGGAAAGUGGCUGGCAUGGCCAAACCCAGCCUGAUCAUCAGUAUAAAUGGAGAUGUGCUCACUAUUAGAUCAGAAAGUACCUUUAAAAAUACUGAGAUUUCCUUUAAACUGGGCCAGGAAUUCGAUGAAGUCACCGCAGAUGACAGGAAAGUCAAGAGCAUCAUAACCUUAGAUGGGGGUGCCCUGGUACAGGUGCAGAAAUGGGAUGGAAAAACAACCACAAUAACAAGAAAAAUUGAGGGUGACAAGUUGGUGCUGGUAUGUGUCAUGAAUGGUGUCACUGCUACCAGGGUUUAUGAGAAAGCAUAAGCCAAAGGACACAAACCUGGACUGAAGUUUGCAACAAACUCUACAACAUUUUUUGGAUGUAUUGUUCAAAACGAUAAUUAUUGUUUUCCCCCUAAGUAGCAGGCAAUUUUCCCCCAACUUGGAUUGUAUUGAAUAUGAUCGUGUUGGUUAAAUAAAACUUUUUAGAUUUAGAA